UUGUUCUCGAUGUUCUUGUUGCGUGCGGUUCGCUGUUUGGUUUUCGCGCAUAAAAAUCUAACGCGUUACAGGCUCGAGUUAAAGCAGCGUAAAGUGCACACAAAAACAAACACAUUAACAUAACUGCAACUGCAACUUCAACAACAACUGCACAGGCCGCGACGCAACAACCGCAGCAAACGCGUUUCCUUUGUGUUCUUGAGUGAACUGUUUAUUGCAUUUUAUAUUCAACACAAUUGCACAAAUGUACAUAAAUGCAAAUUUCAAAUACAUUGAAAAGCAAUCGCAAAUACAGCAAGCAAAACAAAAGUGAAAUUAACACGUGCGCUUAGCAAUCACUCUUUCGUUCUUCUCCAACUUAAAUUAAUUAUUGCAGUUGCUUUUACUUUUUCGUUGUCGCCGUCGCUGCCGGCGUCUAUUUUGGCUGGCAUUUGAUUUGCCUUUGGAUUAAUUAUUGCUUGGCAACAACAACAACUAUCACAGGAACAACAAAAUGGUGCAGGCACUGGACUACGAUUGUGAGGUGCAGGGUCAGCAGGACAUACCGCAGGCUAUUCAGCUGCUCGGUGAGAUGAACAGCAAUGUGAAGCAGGUGACAGAUCUCGUUGAGGGCAUGCUGCAGCGCGUCAAGCGUGGCGAGCUGAGCACCGAAUACGGACUGAGCUUUCUCGAGGUCAAGUAUCAUAUGCUGCUGGACUAUUUAAUCAAUCUGACAUACGUGGUGCUGCGCAAGUGCUCCGGCGAGACCAUUGAGGGUGAUCCCUCCAUUGAGCGCCUGAUCGAGAUACGCACCGUGCUGGAGAAGAUACGGCCCAUAGACUACAAGCUGCGCUAUCAGAUUGACAAGCUGGUCAAGACAGCAACUACAGGCGUAUCCAGUAGCACAGAUCCCAUACUCUAUAAGCCAAAUCCGGAGGACAUGCUCAGCACUGCUGGCGCUGGCGGUGCUGAGGAUGAUGACGACCAGGCAGGCAGCGGCAGCGAUGAGGACGAGGAUGAUGACGAUGAAGACGAGGACGAUGAUGAGGCAGGCGCUGCGAAAAAGCCGCGCAAAGCAGCCACCGCAGGCAAAUCGGGCGUCUAUGUGCCGCCACGCAUUAAGCCCGUCUACUACGAUGGCGAUGAGCGCGACGCGGACAAGGAAAAGAAGGCUCUGGAUCGUGCCAAGAAGCGUGCAAUCACCUCAUCUAUGCUGCAAGAUCUGAAGGAGGAGUACUUGGAUGCGCCCACUGAGCUGUCGUCGGGCUCACGUGCUCAGCAGAUGCUCUCGCAGGCGCAGAAGGAGAAGCAGGAGUACGAGGAGAAAUAUUAUGUGCGUCUGCCAGUGACCAAAGCGGAGAAGCAUCGUCAGCGUCAGCUCACCUCAUUGGGCAAUGUGGGUGAUGAAAUUCUUGGCGAGAUUAGCCGCGAGUCUGCGCUGCGUGGAGAUGGCCUUAGCAAAAAACGCAAACUGACCAAGGCACGCGGCAAGGGAAAGAAGCGUGGCGGAAAAAAGCGAAAGUUCCAUUAAUGCAGCGCGAUGCCCAAUUUAUGGUUUUUGCAUUAGUUACAAUAAUUUGUAAUAACAGUUUUCCAUUGUUUUAUGAUAUUUUUCAAUUGCUUGUCAAAUUAUACCUUAACAAAUUUACCUUCCGAAUGUGUUUUCAAUUAGUUUAUAGUUUAAAUAACAAUUAUGUUGAAUUUUUAUUGCUUUAACCAAAUUCUUAUUACAUUUUUAUUAAUGUUAAGUUUAUGAUGAUUUAUAAUGAAACAUUUUAUUACUCAAACCCCCAUUAAAGAUUCUUCAUAUUUGGUCAAAUUA